GGCGCCCUGACCGGGAGUCAGCCAUGGCCUCCUGGUGCCUAGGUCGACGCUCACCACCGAGCCACACCGGCCGGGCACAGAUUUCUUCAUAACAUUUUAAAAAUAAAACACGUAUUUCGGUAUCGGCACCUGAUUUAGACACAUGCGUGGCUGUGGACCCCGUUUCACCUGCCGGCGUUUCAGAAUGAGCCACUGACCUUUCUGUCCUCGCCACGUUACCUCCUCCGGACAGACACGCCCCUAAGGCCGGUGUGGAUGGACUUUUCUCCAGGCCGAUGUCCUGACUGACCGGGCAUCGCGGUUCCGUCCUCACACCCCCACGGGGCGCCGGGCUUGUUCUGUAACCGCUUCGUCGUUAAGACUCUGCCGUGGUCCCGCCCCUUCGAGCCCCGCAGCCGGUCAGGAAUACAGCAUGCGGGAGGCGGGAGGCGGGAAGGCGGGGGUGGGUUCUCGAAGGUUCUAUGGCCGCACCACGAAUCAGUCAGUUCCGGAGGAGUUCUCCGUGCUCAGCCCCGCAGACCAGCGGGGAGUGAGGGGAGGCCUGGGGGAAGCACCGCCUGGGCCUCCCUCUCCCUUCUCGCUGCCGCUUCCGGUCCCCGUUGGCCGCUUCCGGUCCCUGCUGGCCGCUCCCGGUCCCCGUUGGCCGCUUCCGGUCCCCGUUGGCCGCUUCCGGUCCCUGCUGGCCGCUUCCGGUCCCCUUUGGCCGCUCCCGGUCCCCGUUGUCCGCUCCCGGUCCCCGCUGUCCGCUCCCGGUCCCCGUUGGCCGCUUCCGGUCCCUGCUGGCCGCUUCCGGUCCCCGUUGGCCGCUCCCGGUCCCCGUUGUCCGCUCCUGGUCCCUGCUGGCCGCUCCCGGUCCCCGUUGGCCGCUCCCGGUCCCUGUUGUCCGCUCCCGGUCCCUGCUGGCCGCUCCCGGUCCCCGUUGGCCGCUUCCGGUCCCUGCUGGCCGCUUCCGGUUUCUGCUGGCCGCUUCCGGUCCCCGUUGGCCGCUCCCGGUCCCUGUUGUCCGCUCCUGGUCCCUGCUGGCCGCUUCCGGUCCCCGUUGGCCGCUUCCGGUCCCUGCUGGCCGCUUCCGGGUCUGCUGGCCGCUUCCGGUCCCUGCUGGCCGUUUCCGGUCCCCGCUGGCCGGGAGAGGCGGAAGGCAGGUGCGUGCACAGGAUGGACAGCAGAGGGAGGAUGGACAGCAGAGGGAGGAUGGACAGCAGAGGGAGGCCCCGAGCUGAGCAGAGCGCGGGGCCUGCACACAGCUGGCCGCCCCACACGCAGGACAGGACGCGGCUGGGGCAGGGCCCGUGGGCGCACCUGUGCGGGCGGACGGUCGCCAGGAGGACAGGAUGGGCAGGUGGAGGGUGACGCAGAGCCCCCUUCAGGGCCCGCGCGGGUGUCCCAGCCUCGGCGGAGGGAGGGCCCGAGUGCCCGGAGCCCAGGGGGGCCACCCCGUCUUCCAGGGCGGAGGUCGGAGGGAGGGCCCGAGUGCCCCGAGCCCAGGGGGGCCACCCCGUCUUCCAGGGCGGAGGUCGGAGGGAGGGCCCGAGUGCCCCGAGCCCAGGGGGGCCACCCCGUCUUCCAGGGCGGAGGUCGGAGGGAGGGCCCGAGUGCCCGGAGCCCAGGGGGGCCACCCCGUCUUCCAGGGCGGAGGUCGGAGGGAGGGCCCGAGUGCCCCGAGCCCAGGGGGGCCACCCCGUCUUCCAGGGCGGAGGCCGCAGGCUCGGCCGGUCCUCCCGGAGCCUGUCUGGCCCGUGUGAGCAGCGCUCGGGCGGGUGUGACCCAGAAGCGCCUCUGGGAGGGGCAGGCUCUGCCCGGUAACCUGAGGCCGCUCCUUUUUUCUUACUGGAGGAUAUCUUUUUCCAUGGAUUUUUUUUCUUUUUAAGAGCGAAGAGCCCUGGCCGGUUUGGCUCAGUGGAUAGAG